GAAACAUGAAGAGAAGUCGCCUGUCUGAGUUUCCUGAUGUAGAGAAGUGUCUUCUGGAGUGGAUUAAGCAGACAAUGGAUAAAAAUAUUCCGAUAGAUGGACCAUUACUGAAAGAGAAAUCAAAGCAAUUCGCUUCCAAGCUAGGUAUUAACAAUUUUUUGGCGAGUAAUGGCUGGUUAGAUGGAUUCAAAAGACGUCAUAACAUAGCUUUUAAAAAAUUAGCAGGAGAGAGUAAAUCAGUCGAUCAACGCGUGUGUAGUCAGUGGGAAACUGAUUUACCACAUCUACUGCAUGGCUAUGACCCAGAAGACAUUUACAAUGCUGAUGAAACUGCUCUAUUUUAUAAGUGCCUACCAGAUAGAACUUUUAUAUUCAAAGGUGAACAGUGUCAUAGAGGAAAAAAAAGUAAAGAACGCCCUACUAUUCUCCAAUGCACGAAUAUGACGGGUACAGAUAAACUACCUCUUCUGAUCAUCGGAAAGUCAAAGAAACCAAGAUGUUUCAAAGGUGUUAAAACUUUACCAGUGGACUAUGAAAGUAAUACUAAGGCUUGGAUGACAAAAAAAAUAUUUAAAAGUUGGCUGAUAAAACUUGAUAAAGAUAUGCAUAAACAAAAGAAGAAGAUAAUUCUAUUUAUCGAUAAUUGCUCUGCCCAUGUUGACGUACCAACGCUUUCAAAUGUUAAGGUUAUAUUUCUGCCCGCUAAUACGACGAGUAAGCUUCAACCUUUGGAUCAAGGGAUUAUACACGUGUUUAAACGACUUUAUCGCCGAGAAGUUGUAAAGUAUAUUCUUAAGUGUAUAGAACAAAGUAUUGACCCUGGAAUAAAUGUUUUGUUAGCAAUGAAAUUCGCUAGAAAAUCGUGGUAUACUGUUAGUGAUAUAACUAUUCAGAAUUGUUUUAAAAAAGAUGGUUUUUGGAAUGGUUUAGAUGAAAACGAAAAUUCUAGAUGA